AUGGAGCCUCUGGAAUCAGUGACGUUUGAAGAUGUAGUGAUCAACUUCACCCAGGAAGAGUGGGCCCUGCUGGACACAUCCCAGAAAACCCUGUUCAGAAACGUGAUGCUGGAAAAUAUCACCCACCUGGUCUCCAUAGGUGAGUUUGUCAACACGGAUGAUCACAUCCAGACUAGAGCUAAAUCCUACGAAUGUCCUCUAUGUGGGAAAGCCUUUAGUACUUGCUUUAGGCUCAGACAACACAAGAUGAUUCACACUGGAGAGAAACCAUAUAAAUGUCAUGUGUGUGGGAAAGUCUUCAAUCAAAGUUCCCACGUGAAACGACAUGAGAAAACUCACACAGGAGAGAAGCCAUAUAAAUGCUGUCUAUGUAAGAAAACUUUCAGUCAAAUCUCUUACCUUAGAAAACAUGAGAAAAUCCAUCCCAGAGAGAAGCCUUAUGAAUGUCAUCUGUGUGGGAAAACCUUUAGUCAAAGUUCUGGACUUCGCACGCACAAGAAAACCCACACUGGCGAGAAACCACACGUAUGUCUUCUGUGUGGGAAGGCCUUCAAUCAAAUUUCUGAACUGACUCGGCACAAAAGGACCCACACAGGAGAGAAACCCUAUGAAUGUCAGCGAUGUGGGAAUGCCUUCAGUCAGCAUGCAAACCUGAGACACCAUGAGAGAACCCACACAGGAGAGAGGCCCUAUGAAUGUCAGUGGUGUGGGAAAUGCUUCAGUCGUGGCUCUUCCCUGAGACGACAUGAGGGAACCCAGCACUGGAGAGAAAGUCAGGAGGGCCCUCAGUAG